AUGAGAGAAGCGGGUAUAGCCCUUCUUAUGGUGCUGUUACAAAAUGAACAAUCAGUUUUGGCAGCCACUUUGCCCCAUUUAUCUUUUGCUGUCGAAAAAGUAUGGCCCAAAAGCCUUGAGGAUUACGUUCGUGCUGCAGUUUACCUCUCAGCCACUCUUCACUCUCCCCAAGCAAAUCCAUGUUGGGGCUGUCGUCGAAGAGAACUUGCCCUAGGGGUUCUACACGAUGUCCCAUCCAUCUUAUUCACGAAUGGAUCAUCCGCCUUGCGUCUACAACCGCUCUUGUCGGAUCGUAAGCAUACCAUCACAGGUACCUUUGCACUGGGCAAUACCCCUCUACGGUUAUGUAAUGCCAGUGAUUGUCACUUUGACAUUGGCAACGAACUCCUUUAUUGUGAUAGUUUUAUCGCAUAA